AUGGGCAAGCGCAAACUCGGAGCCCUCGAAAAGGUCGACGCCGACCUCGCGAACCUGCAAAAUAAAAUCAAACGAGAUCCUCAAUCCUACCACGCCGACUUCCUCCACCAGUACAUCCAGUAUGAGAAUCAGAGACAGAUAUUCCUGCAGGCGCCUACAUCCGCGACGGACGGCGGACUCAUAUCCUUCCGCGAGUUGAUCGACUUUGUCGCGCACGUGGCGAACUGUUACAAGGAGGAGACGAAGGAAUUCCCGCGCCAGUUGGUCGAGAUCCUGUCGGUGCAUCAUGCGCGGUUGGAGAGUGAGUUGCGGGAAAAGAUCGUGGGGAGUCUGGUGCUGUUGAGGAAAAAGGAGAUCAUCGACUCGAAUACCCUACUUCAGUGUUUCUUCCCGGUCUUGACGAGCACGCCGAGCAAGUCACUUAGGGCGUUGCUGUUUCAGAAGAUCCUGAGCGAUCUACGGGGUGCGAAUGCGAAGACCACGAACCACAAGUUGAACAGGAGUGUGCAGACGACAUUGCAUCAUCUUGUAACGGAGGAUCGUGCGUCGUCGAAGGCGCUGUGGGCGGUCAAGAUUACGAGGGAGAUGUGGAAGAGGCAGAUCUGGACAGACGCAAAGGCCGCGGAGAUCAUGAAGGAGGCGGCGCUGGCCGAUAAUGAGAAGUGCAUUGUUGGAGGGGUCCGCUUCUUUCUGGGUGGGGACAAAGAGCGAGAAGAACUCGAAGACGACAGUUCGGACGACGACGUUGCCAUUGAUAUGGGCAAACUACGGCAUCAGGUGGGCGUCAACAAGAAGAGCAAGAAGGCUGAGCGGAGGCUUGAGAAGGCCGCCGCGACGGUCAAGAAGAAGGAAAAGAAGAAGAGUCAGCCCCAUCCGUUGAACUUCUCGGCCUUGCACUUGUUGCAUGAUCCGCAGGGCUUCGCGGAGACGUUGUUCUCAAAGCAUCUGCAGAACACAAAGUCGAAGUUGAAUCUGGAGCAAAAGCUGCUCGUCUUGCAACUUGCGUCACGGUUGAUCGGCCUGCACAAGUUGACUGUGAUAAGCUUUUACUCCUAUUUCCUGAAAUAUCUCACACCUCGACAGCCGUCCGUCACAUCGUUUCUGGCAUCCCUGGCGCAGUCGACGCACAAUCUGGUGCCGCCGGAUAUACUGGAGCCAUUGGUGCAGAAGAUUGCAAAUGAGUUUGUUUCCGAAGCCGCUGCUGGAGAGGUGGCGGCAGCCGGGAUCAACGCUAUUCGAGAGAUCUGUGUGCGACAGCCUCUGGCGAUGAAUGAUACCCUGUUGCAGGAUCUGGUUAUGUAUAAGAAGAGCAAGGACAAGGGAGUCAUGAUGGCGGCCAAGGGUCUGUUGGGCCUAUACAGGCAAGUUGGUGCUGAGAUGCUUAGAAAGAAAGACCGUGGCAGGGAUGCUACGCUUGGCCUGAAAUCUGGUGAGCAGAAACAGCAGCGAUUUGGUGAGGAAGCAGUCGGAGAGAUUGAAGGCCUGGACCUCCUUGAGAAAUGGAAGGAGGAGGAGCGACAAAGAAAGAGACUUGAGAAAGGUCUUCCCGCAGAUGGCUCUGACGACGGCGAUGAGGAUGACGAUGAAGAAGACUGGAAUGCCUGGAAUAUUCAAGAAGAUGAAGACAGCGAUGACUCCGGUGGGUGGAUCAACGUCGAGAGCGACGAAGAGAUCAAUAUCAGUGACAGCGAGGACGAGCAACCGGCCGCCAAGAAGGUGCGGUUUGAAGCUCAAGUGUCGGAUGACAAAGAGAAUGGAGUCGUCGAGAAACCCGUUGAAGGAGAAGAAGCCACGGCGCAAUCGAAGACCAACCUUGCCACGACUCGCAUUCUGACACCAGCCGACCUUGCGAAGUUGCAAGAACUUCGCGCGACAGCCUCAAUAUCAUCGCUGAUGAAGAAAACCCAUCACGCCUCACAGACGACGCAACAGACGAAUUCCCAGCGCCAUGUGGACGACCCCUUGACGGCCGCCGAGAUCGAAGGCUUAGCAUCUCUCUCCCGAGGCAAAGCGACCCGUGCUCAGAAAUUGGCCUUGCUACAAGAACACAAAGCAGAUCGUGAGGAGCAUAAAUCCAAGGCGGCGAGGAAGAAGGAGCGCAAAGAAUCCGAGGGCAAAAGCACGACGAACAAGGAGAAGGCGCGGAAGAAGAACUUCCUCAUGACGUUGGGCAAGGCCAAGUCGAAGGGCAAGAGAAGUCUUGUUGAGCAUCGCAAGAUUUUGAAAGCGCAUGCUGAGAGAGGAAAAAAGGGCGGGAGGAGAGGCAAUCGAGGGUAG